ACACAAUUUUCAAAAUUCAAUUAACUCCAACUCUUGUAUUUACAAUGAAUUCUAUAUGUUAGUUGUGUAAUUAAAAAGUAAGUCACUCAUUUAUUUAAAACACCCUCUGUGUCACCAAAUAUUUUAGUAAUAUCGCACUCUUUUAUAAUUUUAAAUUUUUAACUACUAAAUCAUUGAACUACUUUUUGGUUUUCUAUUGUGUUCUAUCAUAGAAACGAUGUCAAAACUUUACCAAUAAUACUCAAAGGAAUAAAAACAUUCCAUUAAAUGUAUUUUAAUUUUAAAUGGUAGGUAUUUAGGUAAACUUCAAAUAAUAAUAUUAGAUAAAUUGGUAAGCUUUCAACGAACUUAAAUAAUUGCAGUCUUUUUGAACACUUCAAUAAUAUUUGUAUUUUAACAAUGAGUUAUUAGGCUUAUAUUAUGAACAUUUUUAACUAAUAAAAUGAAAACAUUUCUGGAGCUAAUGAUAAUAUUGGUAUCUAGUUUUAACAACAAAAAUAAAUAUCUAAUUGUAUUAAUUUAAUAUUGUGGGUAGCUAAAAUAUAACUUACAGAUACAAAUUUUAAUUUUACCAAAGUACCAUAUGUUUUGGUAUUUUCUAAUGAUGUUAAAGUAAUAUUAUUGAAUAUUAAAAUUGAACAACUUUUCCUACUAUGUACAAUAUUUUUAUAUUAUAAUACUUAUGAUAGGUAUCCAAUGUUAUGUAAAUUGGUUUACACAACAAAUAAAGGGUUUAAGGAAUAGAUAAUGUAUUUUCCACAAUUUAUUAUUAUUAAUUAAUUGCUGCUCUGAAUUUUAUGCAUUUUCAUAUGUCUGUAUGAUUAUAUUAUAAAACAAAAAUUAUAUAAUAAAGCUAAAUUUAACAAAUUGGCUGCAACAAUAAGCUGUUGAUCAUUCACCUAUAUUAAAAUUUCUAUUAUAAUCAUAUUAUUAUGUUUGUUAUGUUAAAUAUCAUAAUUAUAAAUAGUUUUCAAAUUUAGGAGAAUCUAUUUAAAUAAUACUCAUAAAAAUUGCUAUAGUUAAGACUCGUGGGCCCCCACAUGAACUUGCUCAGUAUGGUCCACUAUACACUUUAUUAUGUUAUAUCUAUAUAAUAUUUUGUUUUAAAUAAAUAAUAAUAACAAUGUAUUUAUAUUUUUUUCAUAGUCAGGAGAAAUUAAUUACAAAACAAAAUUUCAUUAAUAUAAUAAAUUCUAGGGAAAAAAAAUGUUUAUGUUAUUUGUAAAACAUUUAUAACUACAUAUUAUUUAAAAUUUAAUACCUAUAUACAGUAUCUACUAAAUAUUAAAAAUGUUUGGAAAACAGUAUUAUAAAAUAUCUAGCACAUUUUCAUUAUAUAUUUAUAUUAUUAUUCUAUAAAUUAUAAUUAUAUAAAAUAAUUCAGUUUUGAUUAUUUUAAAAUAUAGGUGAUUUAUCAACAUGUUAACAAAAUUUGAGACUAAAUCAGCCCGGAUUAAGGGCCUUGCAUUUCAUUCCAAUCGUCCAUGGAUAUUAGCUAGUCUACAUACUGGUGUAAUUCAAUUAUGGGACUAUCGCAUGUGCACCUUAUUAGAUAAAUUUGAUGAACACGAUGGACCAGUACGGGGUAUAAGCUUUCACAGUCAACAGCCUAUAUUUGUAUCGGGUGGUGAUGAUUACAAAAUUAAAGUUUGGAACUAUACACAACGACGAUGCAUAUUUACUUUACUUGGUCACUUAGAUUACAUCCGUUCUACAAUGUUCCACCACGAGUACCCUUGGAUAUUAAGUGCAUCUGACGAUCAGACAAUAAGAAUUUGGAACUGGCAAAGUCGUGCUUGCAUUUGUGUUCUCACUGGUAAAGCUAAUGUUAUAUAACAAUUACUGAUAUAUUAUAAUAUGAUCUAUAAUAAUAAUACAUAUUUAAUAAUUUUUUAUUCUUAGGUCAUAACCAUUAUGUUAUGUGUGCUCAGUUCCACCCAUCUGAAGAUUUGGUGGUUUCUGCAUCNGUUUGGGAUAUUUCUGGUCUGCGCAAGAAAAAUGCUGUUCCAGGUCCUGGUGGAUUAGAGGAACAUUUGAAGAACCCAAAUGCCACAGAACUAUUUGGUCAAGCUGAUGCUGUAGUCAAACACGUACUUGAAGGUCAUGAUCGUGGUGUUAAUUGGUGUUCAUUCCACCCUACUAUGCCACUAAUUGUCUCUGGGGCUGAUGACCGUCAAGUAAAACUAUGGCGAAUGAAUGAUUCUAAAGCUUGGGAAGUAGAUACUUGCCGUGGCCAUUAUAACAAUGUGUCCUGUGUUGUGUUUCACCCAAAGCAAGAACUUAUAUUAUCCAACUCUGAAGACAAAACUAUACGAGUUUGGGAUAUGACGAAAAGAACAUGUCUCAAUACAUUCAGUCGUGAAAAUGAGCGAUACUGGGUACUUGCUGCACAUCCAACUUCCAAUUUAUUUGCUGCUGGACAUGAUUCAGGUAUGGUCAUAUUCAAAUUAAAACGUGAAAGACCAGCAUUUACACUGUUUGGUAAUUUCUUAUACUAUGUAAAAGAACGUUUUUUACACCGUCUUGAUUUUACCACACAUAAAGUGACUACAGUCAUGCAAUUAAGAUGCACUGGACGUGUACCUAUUUACAGUAUAAGUUAUAAUCCAGCAUUCGAUGCAAUGCUAGUGUGUACAAGAAAUACAAAUAGUGAAAAUAGUACUUAUGAUCUUUAUAAUGUUCCUAAGGUAAUUUCUGAAAGUAAUGUCUCUAUACCUGAGAGUAAGCGAUCUAAUGGUUUGAUGGCCAUAUGGAUUGCCAGGAAUCGAUUUGCUGUUUUAGAUAAAACACAUAUGUUGGCUGUAAAAAACAUAAAAAAUGAGAUAACUAAAAAAAAUGUUGGACCCAAUAAUAUAGAUGAGAUUUACUAUGCUGGUACUGGUUUGUUAUUACUUCGUGAUCCUGAAAAUAUAACAUUGUUUGAUGUCACUCAGAAAAGAGUAUUAGCCCAAGCUAAAAUUGCAAAGUGUCGAUAUGUUAGCUGGGCGAAUGAUGGUUCUUUAUUGGCAGUUUUAUGUAAAAACAACAUUUAUGUAUGCAGUAGAAAAUUAGAAAUUGUGUGUACUAUACAUGAAACUUCUAGAAUAAAAUCUGGAGCAUGGGAUGAUUGUGGUGUUUUCAUAUAUACUACCAGCAAUCAUAUAAAGUAUGCCUUACCUGAUGGCGGAGACUAUGGAAUUAUACGUACUUUAGAUCUACCAAUAUACAUUACUAAAGUCAAUGGCAGUCAAGUAUUCUGUUUAGACCGUGAUUGUAGACCAAGAGUUUUAAAUAUUGAUACAACCGAAUACAAAUUUAAAUUGGCACUUAUCAAACGCAAGUAUGAAGAAGUGUUACAUAUAGUUAAAAAUGAUCGGCUAAUUGGACAAUCUAUAAUAGCAUACUUGCAGCAAAAAGGAUAUCCAGAAGUGGCGUUACAUUUUGUUAAAGACAACAAAACAAGAUUUUCUUUAGCUCUUGAGUGUGGUAAUUUAGAUAUUGCAUUGGAAGCUGCUAGGACAUUAGAUGAUAAAGCAUGUUGGGAACAAUUAGGUCAAGCUGCAUUGGUUCUAGGUAACUAUCAAGUAGUCGAAAUGUGCUAUCAGAGAACAAAAAGUUUUGAUAAACUGUCAUUUUUAUAUCUCAUAACUGGUAAUCUUGAUAAACUUAGAAAAAUGAUGAAAAUUGCCGAAAUAUGUAAGGACAUAUCUGGUCACUACCAAAAUGCACUUCUUCUUGGAGAUUGUCAUGAAAGAAUAAAAAUUUUAAAUGAACUUGGCCACAAAUCACUUGCUUAUCUGACAGCCACUACUCACGGUUUAGAUGCUGAAGCUGAAUCAAUUAAAGUAGAAUACAAAGGUAACUUAUCAACAGUUUAUCCCAACGCAACUCUAUUAAAACCUCCUAUCCCAGUAACCCAAGCUGAAUCAAACUGGCCACUUUUGACUGUGUCUAAAGGUUUCUUUGAAGGUGCUAUACUAGCAGCUGGUAAUGCUUCAGGACUCGUUGACACGGCUCUUGGUGAGGAUAUUGAAGAAGAAGGUUGGGGUGCUGAAGCAGACUUAGGUCUUGAAGGCUAUAUAUCCCCCACCCAUUCCGAGGCUGAGGAAGAAGCAGCAUUGACAGCUGCUACCGUUGUAGAAGAAGGUUGGGAUGUUGGUGAUGAAGAAGUGGAACUGCCACCUGAGGUGCAAGUAUUGAAACAAGACACAGAUUAUUUUAUUAUUCCACAAAUGGGGGCUUGUCCAUCGCUUGUCUGGUCAGCUCACAGUCAAUUGACUGUGGAUCAUGUCAAAUCUGGUGACUUUGCAAAUGCAUUUAAACUGCUCAAUGAACAGAUCGGGGUGACACAUUUUCAACCUUUUAAAAGCCUGUUCAUGAACAUGUACAUUAAUUCGUGUGUAUCAUACACCCCAUUACCAAGCCACCCAUCAUUAUUUGUGUACCCUAACAGAAACUGGAAAGAGAACGGCUCUAUUAACAACAAGCCCGUGUUAGACAUAACAUUGUACCAGUUGCUAAACGAACUGCAAGUAUGCUAUCAGUUAACAACGGCCGGCAAAUUCCCAGAGACCAUUGCCAAGUUCCGUUCAAUCCUGACCUCCGUGCCGCUGCUGUGCGUGGACACCAAACAAGAAAUAUCUGAAGUCACACAACUGGUACAUAUUUGCAAGGAGUACUUGGUCGGAUUGAUAAUGGAAACAGCUCGAAAGGACUAUCCAAAAGCAACAGCUGAUGACCAAAAACGGGUGGCUGAAAUGGUCGCGUACUUUACACAUUGUGACCUACAGAUGACGCACAAAAUCCUUACACUGCGGACAGCUAUUAAUAUAUUCUACAAAAUUGGCAACCUUAACACUGCUGCGUCGUUUGCAAAACGAUUACUGGAACUGGGACCACGUGCUGAAGUCGCCCAACAAGCUCGUAAAAUGCUACAGGCUUGUGACCUAAACCCAACCAACAAGUUACAGGUGGCUUAUGAUCAACACAACCCAUUUUCAAUAUGCGCCUACUCGUUUGUACCUAUCUACAAGGGCAAAGAGGAGGUUAAAUGUCCAUUCUGCUCGGCCUCAUAUCAGCCUAUACACAAAGGCAAAGUAUGCAAUAUAUGUCAAAUAUCAUCGAUUGGACGCGAGGUCACUGGACUUAAGAUAACUAUGGCCCAUUUUCGAUAAGAAAAUGUUUAGUUUAACAUAUCCAAAUUAUCAAUAUUUAAUUAUUAUUCCAGUAUUGUUUUUUCCUAUAAU